AUGGCGUCUCUACUUGGGAAGAAAGUGUUUGAAAUAAAUGGUCAGGGUCCACCUCCGACAAAAGAUUUUUUUCAGCUUACUGUCACUAAAACUGAGGUGACAUGGAGAUCGUGGAAGAUUUCUUUGCGGAUUGAAUUCAAGGGUGCUGCACCUGGAGAAAAUAAGAUGACCCACAAUGACUUUUUGCAUGAUGCCCGCAUGCAGCAACAGGUAGGUGUUGUGUUUGGCCAGCAGAUCCUACAGUACACCCAAGCACUGUGCCAAGGGAACUUUGACUACCUGGAGCGCCUGCCCAAUGACCUACUGCUCCAAAUCCUGGCCUUCCUGGAACUGAAAGACGUAGCACAGCUGGCACAGACCACAAAGAGAUUCCACAAGCUCUGCAACUCGCCAGAGUUCUGGGAACAGACUGUGAGGAGUCGCUGUGAUGAGCUCACACCUGACAUGGAGGCCCUAGCCAACGCCAUGGGCUGGAGGAAGAUAUUCUUUGCCUUCUUCAACACCAAAGAGCACCAGCAGUAUGCACAGGGAGGUAGCUAG